AUGUAUCAGUCAUAUGCACCAGGAUUAGACCCUUACCAAGCACAGGAACCAGAAAGUGCCAGUCAGACCCAUGCGGUAGGACAAGAUCCCUAUCAAGCCUAUGAACAUGGGCAUGGCCCCUAUCAGCCACACGAACCAGGUUACGGUCUUUAUCAGCCAGGAUUCAGUCCGUAUGAUGACCAGAUACCCGACCCCAAAUCCCGAAUGCUGGCAAUUCAGAAUGCAAAAGCCUAUUUACUGAAGAGCAGCACAACAUCUGGCCUGAACUUAUAUGAUCAUCUUGCUAAUAUGCUAACAAAGAUCCUGGAUGAACAGCCCACAAAUGCAGUAGACAUAAUUGAGAAUAUCAGCAAGGAUGUGAAGUGGGCUCAGUUUCAGAAAAAAAUGGACACUCUUCGAGAUGAACAUGAGAUUCUUCCAACAUUUGAAGCUGCAGAACAGCGUAAAGCUUUGUUCCUCAAGGCAAACGGAGAAGGAGAUGAAGAACUAGAAGAAGACAUAGGAGAGACUCCUCUACCUAAUGUGAUGGAAACAGCCUUUUAUUUUGAACAGGCUGGAAUUGGCUUGAGCAAAGAUGAAUCCUAUCACAUAUUCCUUGCCCUUAAAAAACUAAUUAGUGUUCAGCCAAUCCAGACCUGUCGCUUCUGGGGCAAAAUUUUGGGCCUGGAGAUGAACUAUAUUAUAGCUGAAGUACAGUUCCAUGAGGGGGAAGAGGAGGAGGAAGCAGAAGAGGAAGACAUUAUUGAGGAAGGAGGGAAAGGGAUGGGUGAAGUUGAAGACGAAGAUGAGGAGAAAGAAAAAGAAGACAAACCACCAAAGUCCACCUAUGAGCCCCCACCUGUCAUCCCAAAGGAAGAAAAUGGGACUGGGGCUAAUAAAUAUGUCUACUUUGUCUGUAAUGAGCCAGGCAAGCCCUGGGUGAAGUUGCCUCCGGUGACGCCAGCCCAGAUUGUCUGUGCCAGGAAAAUCAAGAAGUUCUUCACUGGUAGGCUGGAUGCCCCUGUUGUGAGCUUUCCUCCUUUCCCUGGAAAUGAGGCCAACUACCUGCGUGCACAGAUAGCUCGGAUCUCGGCAGGAACCCAGAUCUCUCCCAUUGGAUUUUACCAGUUUGCAGAGGAGGAAGGAGACGAAGAAGAGGAGGGGGGCGGAGGAAGAGAUACCUGCGAAGAAAACCCUGAUUUUCAGCCUCUUUCUGUGGCUGAAAUGGUGGAUUCUCUCUCCACAUGGGUACACCACGUACAGAGCAUUCUAGAGCAGGGUCGCUGUGUUUGGCUUAAUCCUUUUCAAAAAUCAGAGGAAGAAGAGGAGGAGGAGAAAGCAGAGGAGCCAGAUGAACUACAGCAAGAAAUAGGACCACCUCUUCUCACUCCAGUUUCUGAAGAUGAAGGAAUUCAAGACAUCCCUGCCUGGACAGCUCAGCUGUCUACAGACCUGAUCCCGCAAUACGCCGUGGCAGUCCUCCAGUCUAACCGAUGGCCCGGGGCAUACGCCUUUGCAUCUGGCAGGAAAUUUGAUAACAUCUACUUUGGCUGGGGUCACAAAUACAGCCCAGAGAACCACGCUCCCGCCCUGCCUCCGCCAGUGCAAGCAGAAUACCCCAGCGGGCCUGAAAUCACAGAGACACGAGACCCCACCCUGGAAGAGGAACUGGCUUUCCAGGCUGCGAGGGAAGAAGCCUUAGCUGCAGCUGAGGAAGAGGAAGAUGAGGAAGAUGUUGAGGAUGAUGAAGAGGAGGAUGAUGAAGAGGAGGAUGAUGAUUAA